GUGCUUUAGUUUGAUAGUGAUGGCGCUCAAGCAAGGUGCGCUCUUCAUUCUUGCGAUAUGUGCCUGUACCGUUUUUGCACAACAACAGGCCGAAGAAACCGCCCCUAAGAAAGAAGACAGUUUCGAAGUGGAAUUAUGCAAAGACAAAGAUGCUGGUGAAUGGUUCCGUUUGGUGGCGGGAGAAGGCGACAACUGCCGCGACGUCAUUCAAUGCACAUCUUCUGGCCUCCAAGCCAUCCGUUGCCCGGCAGGUUUGUAUUUCGACAUCGAUAAGCAGACUUGCGACUGGAAGGACUCCGUCAAAAACUGCAAACUCAAGAACAAGGAGCGCAAAGUCAAGCCGCUGUUGAUCACGGACGAGCCCCUUUGCCCCGACGGGUCUCUGGCUUGCGGCGACGGCAACUGCAUAGAAAGGGGGCUGUUCUGCAACGGAGAGAAAGACUGCUCGGACGGAUCCGACGAAAAUACUUGUGAUAUUGACAAUGAUCCAAACCGCGCCCCUCCUUGCGACCCCGCCGUGUGCGUUCUUCCCGACUGUUUCUGCUCGGAGGAUGGCACCACCAUCCCCGGCGACCUUCCCUCUAAAGACGUUCCGCAAAUGAUCACAAUCACUUUCGACGACGCCAUCAAUAACAACAACAUCGAGCUAUACAAGGAAAUUUUCAAUGGCAAACGCAAAAACCCCAACGGCUGCGACAUUAAAGCCACAUUCUUCGUAUCUCAUAAAUACACCAACUACUCAGCCGUUCAGGAAAUGCACCGCAAAGGCCACGAGAUCGCCGUCCACUCCAUCACCCACAAUGACGACGAGCGUUUCUGGUCGAACGCAACGGUGGACGACUGGGCCAAGGAGAUGGCCGGCAUGAGAAUCAUCGCCGAGAAAUUCGCGAAUUUGACCGACAACAGCGUGGUCGGAGUGCGCGCCCCGUACCUGAGGGUGGGCGGCAACAACCAAUUCACCAUGAUGGAGGAACAGGCCUUCUUGUACGACUCCACCAUCACGGCGCCCCUCAGCAACCCGCCCCUGUGGCCCUACACCAUGUACUUCCGGAUGCCGCAUCGCUGCCACGGCAAUUUGCAGAGCUGCCCCACCAGGAGCCACGCAGUUUGGGAGAUGGUCCUGAACGAGCUGGACCGGAGGGAAGACCCCACCAACGACGAGUACCUCCCUGGGUGCGCUAUGGUCGAUUCGUGUUCGAACAUAUUGACCGGGGACCAGUUCUACAAUUUCUUGAACCACAAUUUCGACCGCCACUACGAGGAGAACCGCGCUCCCUUGGGCCUGUACUUCCAUGCUGCGUGGUUGAAGAACAAUCCUGAGUUCUUGGACGCCUUUCUCUACUGGGUUGACGAAAUCCUGGCCAACCAUAAUGACGUCUAUUUCGUAACCAUGACGCAAGUUAUCCAAUGGAUUCAGAAUCCUAGAACCAUCACCGAAUCGAAGAACUUUGAGCCGUGGAGAGAGAAGUGCGUGGUCGAGGGAAACCCCCACUGCUGGGUGCCACACUCUUGCAAACUCACUUCAAAGGAAGUUCCUGGAGAAACCAUCAACCUCCAAACUUGCGUGCGUUGUCCUAAUAAUUACCCAUGGGUUAAUGAUCCGACCGGGGACGGUUUCUUCUAAGUCACCCAUUUAGAUAAUUAAGGGACUUUUUAUAGUGUCACCCUUGCCAAAAUGGCUCGUAAUUGGGGUUUUAGUGAUCCUGCUGUUCCAUCUUGUAUUUAUUAUUUUCAAUGACUGUAUGCGUGAUUUAUUUGUUGAUUUUUUUUGUAAUAAAUAUAUCUUGAUAA